AUUUGAAGCGUAGGCUUCGUGUUACAGUUACAGCAAUGCUGAAAAAAGUGUGAUCAAUUGAAGUCAAAUAAUAAGGAUUGAGGUACAUUUUUCCUUUACUUCUAAGCACUAUUCAAAACCGCACUACUAAGGACAAAAACUGUACAUCCGUGCUUCCGUUUCAAACGGCACCCUUACCUAUAUAUUAUUUGAUGGGAAAAACACGAUGACAAUACAAAGGUCCCUCAAGUUUGCGGCCGGGGCAAGUGUAUUUGGAAAGUUUCGUUCCAACUAACUUUUCUUCGGACUGAGCGUGUAGCUUAGUGCCAGCUGGUUGGUGAAUACUUUGUGCUCGGAGCUAACUCUUGCAAUAUUUCGCCAUAAUGGAGCAGCAGCACCAACCAGCGACAACAACGAUGGGUCCAAGUUCAGCAGCCAUGGCCACAGCCACUACGGUUCCAACACUGGUAGCGGCAACAGCACUUGUUCCCCGUAAGCCAUCGCCAAACGUAAACCCCUCUCCAGGACCAAAACCAGGACGAUUCUUCGGCUCUGCAUUCAAUAUUACCAACCGGUACAGGGCCAAUAGCAGCAAUUUGGGGAAGGUUAGUCUGGCCAUAACCAACUUGAAGGUCAUCAAUAACGUUCCAUUGCCCCCGCCAAUUUGUGCCAUGGUAGCAAACGAUACGCCACCACUGCUAAAGUAUCAACCGUCCUAUCAGCUUCAAUCGAAGAACCCCUUUAACCGGGAAGCGUGCGAAGUUAUUCUGCGCGAAGCACUAGACAAAGCACUUCAGGGGGUGGAAUACAGUUCCUAUUUUGCGCCAUCCCUUUGCCAGCAAAUUUGUGAGGACGUAAAAUCGAAAGUCAAGGAGUUGAACUUUGAUCGAUACAAAAUCGUUGUCACCGUUACGAUGGGCGAGCGGUACAUGCAAGGACUGAAAUCAAUUGCCCAGUUCUUGUGGGACCCGGAAAAAGAUAGCUACGUGUCGUGUAUUUACGAUUCGUCACCGAGCUUAUUUGCAGUUGCAACCAUCUAUGCGAUAUAUUUUGAUUGAUAAAGGUUAGGAUAAUUAUUUACUUUACAUGGAAUUCAAAUUAUGUUACUAUUACUGUUUAAUGACAUUUGCUCAUCGUUGAUUAUAUGGCUAAUAAAGCAUAGUUUAGUGUUUGUUAACUA